AAGGUGAAGCGGCCCAUGAACGCCUUCAUGGUCUGGUCGUGCGCGCAGCGGCGGCGGAUCGCGCAGGAGCAGCCCCGCCUGCACAACUCGGAGAUCUCCAAGCGGCUGGGCGCCGCCUGGAAGCGCCUCGACGCCGCCCAGAAGCGGCCCUUCAUCGACGAGGCCAAGCGGCUCCGGGCGCGUCACAUGCUCGACUACCCGGACUACAAGUACCGGCCGAGGCGGAAGAGCCGGCCCGGCGGCCGGCAGCCCGUCGUACUCUCCCCCGCUUGCCUGCCGGGGCAGUCGGCGCCCUUCGGAUGGAGGGCCGGCCCCCCCGACGCCCUCCCCUGGCCCGACGGCCAUGCGGGGCUGGCCCCGGACGGCGGCGGCGGCAGCGGCGGCUACGUGAUGGGGGCCGCGGCGGCGCCCUGCAGCAGCCUGGUCUACAGCACGCCACCCCCCCCUGCCACCAUGCCAAGGAAGCUGGACGCCGGCCUUCCCUACCCGCUGGGGGACUUCCCGGACAUUGUGGCUAUUUGCGGGCUGCAGGGCUGCGAGGACGCAGCCACCCCGGGCUGCCUCCUGGAGCCCCCUCCCCAACACUUGGGGUUCAGCAGCGCUGCCCACUUGGCCCCUCUCUAG